AGUGAAUUAACCCUCAUUCUCCUCCCAGCCCUGUCUUACACAGACUCAUCAGAGAAAAUCUGACUCGGCCUGCCUGCCUCCUCGCCUGGCCACUGUCACCUCCUAAUAGCCUUCAGCUGGAGAGAAGUAGGAGGAAGAGAGAGAGCAAAGGAUAGAAAAGGAGAAGGGGAGAGCGAGGAGGGGGCGGGUGAAAGGAGAGCUGUGAUCCAGACAACGAAUCACAUGAGCAGAGAUCUGUUUACAAACUGAGCAGGAGAGAAGUCAUCGGCACCAUUACGUGGAGGCAGGGCUGCUGGAAAAGGCGACAGGAAACACACAGGAAUCUCAUCACUUUGUCUGGAAAAUGCAUUAUAUCCUUUGUGUAUUUGCAGCGGAGAACCCAGACCAGAUGGUGUGAGGAAGACAGCAUUGAAUGGGCUGCACACACAAGCUCUGGCUCUGAGGGCUGUAUGCCACUGCUCUUCCUCUUUCUUUGUUACGGGGAAAACCGUUGAUUGUAACGUGAGGGCGACAAUCUAGAGCGAGAAGACUAAAGGAGAGUGGCUGACGGCAACAGAGGAAGGGGUGAGCUUUGUGACAAUGUUUUGAAGAUAAACAAAGAAAUCUGUGACUGUGUAAUGUACAUUUUCUCUCUCACUGCUUUGUUAUCGUGACUCUACAGAGGUAAAAAAAAAACAGUGACAACAACUUCAUGUCAAGCGGACGUAGAUGGUGAUCCAUUGUUGAUGUGAAAAACACAUUGCAGAUUUGACAUAUCUGUGCUUCUGCUUGAUUUUGGAUCAUGUUGCUGGAAAAAAGAGCUGUUGGUUUUCUUUUAACUUGCCUGUGGUUGCACAAAACAUUGUAGAUACCGAGAAGUAGGUGUUGAUAUCUGUGCCCGUGUUGACACAGGUCUCAACAAUGACUGACUUGUCUUUGUAAAUGUUUCAACACAAAGAAAACAGAGUUGCCCUGCCUCCCUCCAUAUGUCAGUGAAGAGCUGCUGUGAUCAUAAUGUGUUAACCAGAUGCGCUGAAGCUUCAAAGCUGUGUUUUUGUGCAUGCAUAUGUGACACAGACUAACAGAUUACAGACAAGUUCUGCAAAAUGACCACAGACAUUACCGGUCGUCUCCCACUCAACGUCUAUGUCAUCAUUCUUGGGAUAGGCCUCUUCGUCUUCAUGUUGAGCAUGAUCUUCUGUUGCUACCUGUUCAGACUGAGACGACAGGGCGCACAAGAACAAUAUGGAUAUAAUGAGGUCGUUCUAAAGGGUCCAGGGAAAAAAUUGAGUCUUCUUGGACAGACCUGUGCGGUUUGCCUGGAAGAGUUUCGGAGCCGGGAUGAACUAGGGGUUUGCCCUUGUGCUCAUGCCUUUCACAAGAAGUGUCUGGUGAAGUGGCUGGAAAUUCGCAGCGUCUGCCCCAUGUGCAACAAGCCCAUCUGCAGGCUCCAGCCAGACCCUCUGCAGGGGGCCGAGGGGCCCCAGAACCCCCUGGAGGUGUGACCGAAGAGGGACAUCACUGCUCAGAGAUAGGCAGGCUCUCACACACACCUAAGAACAGCAUUAAAAAUCACCACACCACUGGAGCGGGUGGACUAGUCCCAAAUACACAUCCACCGUCCCUGUCCACCAAUCACCAUUUCCCAGUGGAACUGAACUGAUGUGCCGUGUUCUUGGUCAUAAUGUACUGUAGCAUGCAGCAAGAAAAAUCGAUGCCUUGUGGACUCCAAACAGACAAAGAAGAAUAUUCAAACCAGGGGAGAAUGUACAAAACAUGAGGUCUGAGUUGACACUGUGCAAUAUGUGCAGUCAUACAGUAUUCCCCGUCUAAGAGAGACUCACUAUUACUACCAUAAAGAGUCAAGUUUAGGAAUGCCCAGUUACAGAAUCCAAAGUUAGGAGCUGCUCAGUGGCCCGAGUCCUGACCUCAAGGAUCUGUGAGCUCAUUGGUUUUUACUCUUGCCAAUAUUUUAACAUUUGACACUCAUAAAUGUGUUUCUGAGUGU